UACACAGGCGUGUACUACAAUAGUACACUACUAUUGUAGUAGUGACCACUGACCAACAUCUGAACUUCUGCGAUCACAACUUUACACUAGCUGUCUUAAGUCUGACUAUUGUGGAUCAUCAUGGCUAAACGUGUUGUUGUGAUUGGAGGAGGAACCUCUGGGCUGGCCUGUAUCAAAUGCUGCUUGGAUGAAGGUCUGGAGCCAGUGUGUUUUGAGACUAGUGAUGACAUUGGAGGACUAUGGAGGUUUAAGGAAAAUCCAGAUCCAGAUCGUGCUAGCAUUUACCACUCUUUGAUUAUCAACACUUCAAAGGAGAUGAUGUGUUUCAGUGAUUUCCCAAUCCCUGCCCACUUCCCAAACUACAUGCACAACUCCCUCAUCAUGGACUACUUCCGCAUGUACGCUGACCACUUCCAGCUCAAACGGCACAUCCGCUUCCAGACAAAAGUCCUUCAUAUUACACCAAGGCCAGACUUCUCUCACUCUGGACAGUGGGAUGUAGAGACAGAGUCUAAAGAUGGUCGGAGAGAGAAGCAGGUGUUUGAUGCUGUGAUGGUUUGCACCGGACACCACUGUCACCCUCAUCUCCCUCUACAGGACUUUCCAGGAAUAAACACGUUUAAGGGAAAAUUCUUCCACAGCCGUGAUUACAAAAACCCUGAAGAAUGGCGAGGGAAGAGGGUAGUUGUGAUUGGUAUUGGGAACUCUGGAGGAGAUAUUGCUGUGGAGCUGAGCAGAAUGGCCAAACAGGUUUAUCUGAGCACCCGAAGGGGAUCUUGGAUACUAAAUCGUGUAGGAGACAAUGGUGUUCCAGCUGAUAUGUUAUUUAAUAAGAGAAUGAGUAAUUGGCUUAUUCAAAUGUUGCCUGUUGGAUUUAUCAACAAUUUUGGAGAGAAACAACUCAAUAAACGGUUCAACCACAAGCUCUAUGGGCUGCAGCCUGCGCACAGUGUUUUCAACCAACAUCCUAUGGUCAAUGAUGACUUACCAAACCGCAUCCUCUCCGGUACCGUCUCAGUCAAGCCAAACGUUCAAGAGUUUCGUGGAUCAAGUGUGGUGUUUGAGGAUGGCACUGUUGAAGAUGACAUUGAUCUGGUGGUGUUUGCCACAGGCUACACUUUCUCAUUCCCCUUCCUGUCUUCACAUGUAAUUCCUGUCUCAAAGAACAAAGUAUCCCUGUACAAAUACGUAUAUCCCCCAGGACUGGAGCGGCCAACUUUAGCCGUGAUUGGUCUGAUCCAGCCUCUGGGAGCCAUUAUGCCCAUCUCUGAGAUGCAGGCGCGCUGGGCCACUCGUGUUUUUAAAGGACUGUGCAAACUGCCUCCAAUGACUGGAAUGAUGAAGGACAUUAAAGCAAAAGAGGAAGCAAUGGCUCGAAGGUAUGUGGCUGCCCAGAGACACACCAUCCAGGUGGACUACAUCCCCUACAUGGAUGAGUUGGCUAAACAAGUGGGAGUCCUUCCUUCUAUCCUGAAGUUGCUCCUGACAGACCCUAGACUGGCUCUGAAUGUCAUCUUUGGGCCCUGCACCCCGUACCAGUUUCGUCUUCACGGGCCGCGCCGAUGGGAAGGUGCACGUCAGGCCAUCCUGACUCAGUGGGAUCGAGUCAACGAGCCCCUGAGAACACGCUGUACACCAGAGCCGCAGUCACAGCGCUUCUCUCUUUCACUCAUAUUCUCAGUGUCUGUUGCAGCGCUGCUGUCUGCUCUGUAUUACAGCAGAGCCAGUCUGCACACACUCAUAGCAGAUCCUUCAUCACUCCUGGACAAGAUCAGGGCUUUUGUACCAUUGCCACUGACCACACAGUGAUCAUGCAAUGUGAAUCAAAAACAUUUAUAUGAAAUAUAACAUCUUAAGAAAUGUCUUUCCAUUGUGGUAAACCAUAGUCAACAUCAUGAAAAUGUCUAAAUUGAUACAGUGCAUAUGCUUGAUAUUGAUAUUUAUCAGCAAGUACCUUAACAUUUAUAACACAGUUUGUGUAUAAUGAGCAUUUAAUUUGAUUGUAAAAUAACUGAUUUUAUGUGCCUGUAAUGUGUAUGUAAUUAUUUUAAUAUAAUUGUGUGGUUUUAAUUCACUAGCAACAAACUGAUGGUUGUUGUGUUAAAAUUACAAGUAUGCACCACUUUCAACUUUUGCA